AGAAAAGAAUAGAACACGACUUAAACGGAACUAAACUGCCGUGGAAGAAGGUCGCCUUUUUUGGAUGGAGAAUUUCCGAUCGUUAGCGAAUGAGCUGAAGUCAAGCUGGUUGUGAAGGUGCAGGAUUUGUUCCCGCCUACACCCCAGGUCGGAGACACCAUGGCAGCGGGCGUGGCGGCAUGGCUUCCCUUUGCUCGGGCGGCAGCCAUUGGCUGGAUGCCUGUGGCUAAUCUGCCCAUGCCGGUGGCGCCGACCCAAAAGAACAAGCGUCAGGAUGAGUUAAUUAUUCUAAACGUUAGCGGACGGCGCUUCGAAACCUGGAAGAACACAUUGGACCGCUAUCCGGACACCCUGCUGGGAAGCUCCGAGAAGGAGUUCUUCUACAAUGAAGAGACCAAAGAGUACUUCUUCGACCGGGAUCCCGACGUGUUUCGCAGCGUGCUCAACUUCUAUCGCACCGGAAAGCUUCACUACCCUCGCUCUGAGUGCAUCUCCUCCUACGAUGAGGAACUGGCAUUCUUUGGCAUCGUCCCAGAGAUCAUCGGCGACUGCUGCUACGAAGAGUACAAGGACAGGAAGAGGGAGAACGCCGAGCGUCUGAUGGAUGACCAAGAGGACAACAAGGACGCGAAGCUGCCCAACAUGACCUUUAGGGAGACCAUGUGGCGGGCUUUUGAGAACCCUCACACUUCUACCAUGGCGCUGGUCUUCUACUACGUCACUGGCUUCUUCAUCGCGGUGUCCGUCAUCACCAAUGUGGUCGAGACGGUGCCGUGCGGCUCGGGGUUCAAUAAGAAGGAAGUGCCGUGCGGCGAACGUUACACGGUAGCUUUCUUCUGCAUGGACACGGCGUGCGUCAUGAUCUUCACCGUGGAGUACCUGAUGCGCUUGUUCGCCGCGCCGAGCCGCUACCGCUUCAUGAGGUCCGUCAUGAGCAUCAUCGACGUGGUGGCCAUCUUGCCCUACUACAUCGGCCUGGUGAUGACUGAUAACGAGGACGUGAGCGGCGCCUUUGUGACGCUGCGAGUUUUCCGAGUGUUCCGUAUCUUUAAGUUCUCCCGCCACUCGCAGGGCCUUCGCAUCCUGGGCUACACGCUAAAGAGCUGUGCCUCAGAGCUGGGAUUCCUGCUCUUCUCCCUCACUAUGGCCAUAAUUAUAUUUGCUACAGUCAUGUUCUACGCAGAGAAGGGUUCAAGCUCCAGCAAAUUCACCAGCAUCCCAGCCUCCUUCUGGUACACCAUCGUUACUAUGACAACACUUGGGUAAGUGCAGAGCAGCGGACACCUUAUCGGGUUACAAGUGCAUAAGUGAGUGUGUGCGCGAGUGUGUGCGUAGCUUCCCAUGUGGCCCGAAAAACCCACAAUUGCUUCUGCAGUUUAUGCCAUUUUUCCCCAGAGAUACUUUUUACGAUUGAUGCACAGUGUCGAGACUACAGAGAAAACAGUCGUCAGUUUACAGCUGUUUUUAUAACUAAUGGUGCUCUUCUGGGGCAUAGCAGCCAUCAAGAUACUCUCUUCUCCCUCACUAAUGGUUGUAGCGUGUCCUUUAUACGCAAUAGAUAAGAGAGACUUGGGAGAUUGCACUCCAACAGAAAUGCCAGAGUUGAAAAGCAUCGCAGUGAGACAAAAACAUCUGCUUGGAAACAGAGAUAACACCAUUGUUUCACAUUCUGAGUGACCUCAAGCACUGACUGCUGUGAGGGACCUCACGCUCCCUCAGUCAGAUUAUGGCACUAGUUGCUGGUUUGGUAGCAAGUGCUUCUGGAUGCUUUGAUAUACUCAACAAGCUCUACAUUGGGUGCAACUGCACAGCUGACGCGAUGGCAUGCGACAGCGCAGAAAAGAUCCGAUUUUAGAUGCUCAAUGCUGUCAGGAUUGCGUUUAACAAUAUGUUUACAGUAUUAGUGUGGAUCCAUCCAUCCAUCCAUCCAUCCAUCCAUCCAUCCAUCCAUCCAUCCAUCCAUCCAUCCAUCCAUCCAUCCAUCCAUCCAUCCAUCCAUCCAUCCAUCCAUCCAUCCAUCCAUCCAUCCAUCCAAUCAGGUCUCUCCUCUGUUGGAGCAGGGAGUCACAAAUACUUUGAUGAC